GGGCUUCUCUGAGUUUCCAGGCGGCUUCGUGCAGACGGAUUGUCUCGUAUCAUUUAAGGACCGCUUUUCAACAGGGCCUGUAAACAUGAGGAACGUCCUGCUGUUUCUGGGGAUCCUGCUUCUCCACCAGUGCUGCUGCUUUGAGUUCAUCAUAGAUGGAGAAUGGGAGGGCGAGACGUCAGGUUCCCAGGAUCAUCGGGAAAGACACAAGAGAGCGUUAUUGACCAGUGAGGAGCAGGAAGACUUUGAGGCCAUCCGGGGAGAUGACAUCACCGUCAAGAGCUACAAGGUGGAGAGCCGCAUCACGUCGCGCUUCGCCCACACCACCGUCAAGAGCUCAGUGGUCAACUCUGGCUCCAAAGCCCAGAGCAUCGGCUUCAAUGUGCAGAUUCCCAAACAGGCCUUUAUCACCAACUUUACCAUGAACGUGAAUGGGAUAACGUUUGUGGGUUCUGUGAAGGAGAAGACAGUGGCCAGGAACCUGUAUGCCCAGGCCCGGGCCAGAGGCAAGGCGGCAGGGAUCGUGAGGGCAAAUUCCCAGGACAUGGAGACCUUUAAGACGGAGGUGCAUGUGCCCCCUGGCAGUAACGUCGAGUUUGAGCUCCACUACCAGGAAAUGAUGCAUAGGAAGCUGGCAGUCUAUGAGCACAUACUACACCUGCAGCCAGGGAGACUGGUGCCACAGUUUAAGGUGGACGUGUACAUUUAUGAGCCAAAGGGCAUUGCCAUGGUGGACACACCUCACACCCUCGGGGAAAAAUUUGCAAGCCUGAUCAAAGUUACCUCCUCCAAAGACAAGGCCCACAUUGUCUUCAAGCCCACCAUAGAGCAUCAGAGGAAAUGUAACAACUGCACAGAGAGCUCUAUAGAUGGCGUCUUCACUGUCAGAUACGAUGUACAUAGAGAUAGCAACGUCGGGGAACUCCUGGUCUCUGACGGUCACUUCGUCCAUUUCUUCGCGCCCUCCAACCUUUCACCCCUCCCCAAAAACAUCGUAUUUGUCAUCGAUGUCAGCGGCUCUAUGUGGGGUGUCAAAAUGAAGCAGACCGUGGAGGCUAUGCAGGCUAUCUUAAACGACUUGACAAUCGAUGACCACUUCGGCAUCAUAGACUUUAACCACAAUGUGCGCUGCUGGAAUGAUGACCUUGUCCCAGGCUCCUCCAUCCAGGUGGAUUCGGCCAAGAAAUACAUCCAGAACAUCAAACCCAAUGGAGGUACCAACAUCAACGAAGCACUAAUGAGAGCAGUGCAGAUGCUGGUGAAGGCAUCCAACUAUGGGCUCAUUGACCCACGCUCAGUCUCCAUGAUCAUUCUCGUGUCUGAUGGAGACCCCACCGUCGGAGAGAUCAAGCUCAGUACCAUCCAGAAGAAUGUCAAGCGGGUGAUGAGGGAGGAGUUCUCUCUUUUCUCGCUGGGCAUCGGCUUUGACGUGGACUUCGACUUCCUGGAGCGAAUCGCCAUGGAGAACAGGGGCAUUGCCCAGAGGAUUUAUGCCAACCAUGAUGCGGCGGAACAGCUUCGGAAAUUCUAUCGGCAAGUUUCUUACCCUCUCCUUAGGAGGAUCACCAUUCAGUUUCCCGAGGACACCGUGUCGGACAUCACCCAGAACCGCUUUGACAAGUACUUUGGGGGCUCUGAGCUGGUGGUGGCCGGGAAAGUGCUGCCCUCCGACAGCAACACCCUGGCCAGCUUCACCACAGCGUCCGCUGCCCGUUUGGAUCUGGCUCUGGAGACAGAGGUGGACACCAUGGAGCUGGACCAAGAGCUGUUUAAGCAGCAACACUCCUUCACAGGCUUCGCCAGGCAAAUGUGGGCCUACAUCACCAUCAACCAGCUCAUAGCGGAGAGGUCGCUGGCCCCGACGGCUGCCAAGAAGAGAAAGAUCACCCAGAGGAUCAUGGCCCUGGCAGUGGAGCACCAGUUUGUCACGCCUCUCACAGCGUUACUGGUGGAGAGCGAGGAUGGUGGGGAGAGGCUGCUGGCCGACUCCCCGAAGGACCCCAAGCAUGGCUGCUGCGCAGGAUCUGCGUCUGCUGUCAUGCCUGUGUCACAGAUGACCUUCCAGCAUCCCCCUUGGGUCAAGAUAACCACUCCUGCCCCUCCUAGCCAGGUCACGGGCGUGUUGCCUAUACGAAUCACCAUCGUGGAGAACGAUCCCCACUUCAUCGUCCACCUGCCCAGAAGCGAGAUGGACAUCUGUUUCAACAUCGACUCAAAGCCUGGACACAUCCUAAACCUGGUGUCUGACCCCGGAACAGGCGUGGUGGUGAACGGUCAGCUGGUGGGCUCUAAGCAGGUACAGAAGAACAAACAGAACACCUACUUUGGCACCAUCUCAGUCUACUACAUGCCUGAGGGACUCAGCGUGGCAGUCAGCCCAGAACAAAUCACCUUGACCGACGGCAACAACAACCACUCCUUCAGCUGGGGGGCCACAGCUGACAUCACACAGGACAGUGUGAAGCUCGCCAUCAUGAAGGACUCCCACGUUACCGUUACGAUCAACGAUAACAUCAGGAUAAUGGUGCUACUUCACCGCGUGUGGAGGAAAAACUCAGUAAACGUGGACUUCCUCGGGAUCUACAUCCCUAACGACAACAAUUACUCCUCCCUGGUCCACGGACUCAUAGGGCAGUUUUCUACAGAGCCCGAGGUGAGCGUGUAUGAUAUCCACCAAGGUGCUGACCCUCUGAAGAAUGAAGCCACCAUGGAGGUGAAGGGGAACAAGUUAGCCGUCACCAGGGGCUGGCAAAAGGACUACCGGCGUGAUAAGAAGCGCGGCACAGACGUGUACUGCUGGUUCAUACACAACAGCGGGAAAGGCUUCAUCGACGGUGUCUAUACAGACUACAUCGUUCCACAUCUCAACAGCUUCCUCCAGAUGUUCUGAGCAUCCGACAGCGAGGCACGCGUGACUGGAGAAGUGCGAGUCGAUACUUUAGAAACCUUUAUACCCAAAUCGCAACCAGACCAGGAUUAACCAGUACUUUAUUGCUGCUAUUAGUUUUCUGGAUCAAUAAAGCCUCAAACAGUGAAAUGCUCUAACCAUUUAGGAGGGGGAGUUUAAAAAAAAGAAAAAAAAAGUUCAGUGUGAACACGGGCCAGAUGAAAUGGAAUAAAAGCAGAAUGAGCCCUGUGAGCUGUAACUUUGAAUGAAGUAUA